GCAAAAUGGCGACCUGCGAGUCUCCUAUUGUUAUGUUCUAGUCAAUAGUUGGUAAUAUAGCCUGGUCGAUGUUGCAUCCCAUUGUUUCUGCUGACAGGUGUAUCAAGUAAGAGAUCAAAAUGGAGACUGAAUAUGAAUUCAAACUCUUUGACUCGGAUACCCAACUUUCAAAGUUCAUUGAUGAUGUUAUGUGGGACCGGGGAAGACGUGAAUUCUGUGAAGACGUUGGCAAGAUCAAGUCAGACCUCACAGAUAUUGAAGAUAAACAGCAUGAAAUUAAUGGUAUAUUUGAUGAAAUAGAUGGAUUAUUGGACCAGUACCGAUGCAGUUUGGAUAAACAGAAAAAAGAGUUAGAAGAAGUGAAAACUGUUGAUGAUGAGUCAGUUUAUACAUACAACUAUGUAAGCAGUAGUCAUGGCAACAGCAUUGAUACAAAAAUGGGAGGUGCUGCUGAGGAAAAGAAAGAAGAGGAUAUUUACAAAUAUCACAGCUUUGAUAACCAUGGCAUUAAAAAACAGACAGUUGAUGAUAAAUCUGUUGUAUCCCUGGAAACAAACAAAGAUUCUGAAAUGGAGGUGAUUGAUUUGUCUAUUGGUGAUGAUCAUAGUGACCCAGAAAAGCCACAAACUCCUGGAAGGCAGGAACAGAGUCGUGGUAAGCCACCUCUAGCUGGAGGAAUGAAAUUACUUGGAAGGAGACGUAGUGAUGAAGUGUGGUAUGAAGGAACAUUUCUUGAAGUUAUCAAGGACCAAAAAGGCCAGGAGAAAUAUAAAAUAAAAUAUGAUAAAAAUGGUGGCAAAUCUCUCCUGUCUGGUAAACACAUUGCCUAUGCUACUCAUCCAAGGGCUGCAGACAUCCGGGUGGGCAGUAGAAUUGUUGGUAUAUACUUAAAUGAAGCUGACACCCAUGAUGAAUGUCUGUAUGCUGGCAUUGUAGCUGAGGUACCAUUACCUGCCAAUAAUUACAGAUAUCUCAUCUUUUUUGACGAUGGUUUCGCACAAUAUAUGGGGUUGAACAAACUUUAUUCUGUAUAUCAACAAAGUAACAAUGUAUGGGAAGACAUCCAUCCAGAUUCCAGAGAGUUUAUCAAGGAGUACAUGGAGCUAUACCCGGAAAGGCCAAUGGUGAAAGUCAAACCAGGACAGUGGAUAAGAACAGAAUGGAAUGGAGAAUGGUGGAGAGCUAAAGUACUUGAAGUAGAUGGUAGUUUGGUAAAUAUGCUCUUUGAGGUAGAUCAGAGAUCAGAAUGGGUUUAUAGAGGAUCUCCCAGAUUAGAGACAUUGUUCACUGAGUUGCAACAAGCAGAAAAAGCCCGGUCAUCUGAUAAAGGUAUUGCUCAUGUACGUAGUCGUUCACAUGCUGUUAAAAGUAAAGGUCCUUAUGUAGAGUACACAAGAGUUACUGAUUUGACAAUUGAUUUGUCAGCCACACCUCCACCUCCACAAACUCAAUCAACAAAAGAUAAGAAGUUAAAACAGACUGCUAGGAAAUCAACGUCAUUUGCAGCACCCAAACAGGUUGCAAGAAAGAGUACAACCAGCUAUAAGCCUUUGAAUUAUGAUGAAAAAGAUCCACUAGGUGGCAAUACUCAAUGGAAAGCUCCUUGGCUGACCCCCAAGAUCGUGCCAAGAAGUAAUACAACUAAAGGUGUGGUUCAGCAGACGCAGCAAAAGAUGGACAUAGCAAGUGUUCUUCAGUCUCGAUUACAGUUGCAGCAAGAUAACAAUGAUUCCUCUCAGCACACUCCUCAAGUAUCUGAUUUUAGUUAUCUCUAUGCCCAGCAGCAGUAUAAAAAAGUGGAAAUGAGAAAACGGUUCAUACCACAUAGCUGUGCUCCUCAGUGUGUUGCAAGCAGUACACCUGAUCCUGCCAGGUUGCAUGGUCAGAACCCAUACUUGAAGCCAGAGUUGUGUGGCUGGAGAAAAGAACUGGGAAAACAACGAGGAAGUGGAAAGAGGAGUGUAUUCUAUCGCACUCCUUGUGGGCGUAGUUUGCGUGACAUAAAAGAAGUUGAUCGUUAUCUUCUGGAAACUGAGAUACAGUAUCUUACAAUUGAUAUGUUCACGUUUGACCAGUUUGUGCAUACGCAUACACAUAUUCGUAACCCGAAACCUGUUGUGAUGAUUAAUGACAUCUCAGAGGGACAGGAACCAAUCCCUGUAUCUUGUGUUAAUGAAAUUGACACCCAAUAUCCACGAUUUGCCAAAUACUCCUCGGAAAGAAUUUGUGCAAGAGGAGUAUCUAUUAACACAGAUGAAGAUUUUUUUAUUACUUGUGACUGCACUGAUGGCUGUCGUGACAAGAGUAAAUGCGCAUGUCAGCAGCUUACAAUCCAGGCAACCUUAUCAACCAAUAAAGCAGGAAUAAUAGACCCUGAAGCUGGAUACGAGUACAGGAGUGUAUAUGACCAGAUACCAUCUGGUAUUUAUGAAUGCAAUCCACGGUGUAAAUGCAAUCACACCUGCUUCAACCGAGUAGCACAGCACAAAUUACAGUGUAGAUUACAGGUUUUCAAAACUGAAAAAAGGGGUUGGGGUUUACGUUGUUUAGAUGACAUACCAUUUGGUGCAUUUGUGUGUACAUAUGCUGGGGAAGUACUCACAGAGGAGUUGGCAAAUGAAGAUGGUAAGCGAUAUGGGGAUGAGUAUCUUGCUGAAUUAGAUCUCAUAGAGGUAGCUGAAAACAAUAAGGAAGGUUAUGAGAGUGAUGUCAAAGACCCUGAUGAUAUUACCUCAUCUGAUUCAUCAGAUUCUAGUGGAGAUGACCCUCCACCUCCUUCUUCCAGUAUAUCAUCUGACAGUGAAAGUGUUUCAGUGGUAACCUCAUCUGCAGUGACUGUUGCAAGUACGGAUGAUGAGAUAGAGGAGUUGUCAAGUCUUCACCCACAUUUUCUUUUGUAUGCUAGUUCUGGUAAAAAAGUUGGCAAGUUGCUUUUAAGAAGACAGUCGUCUGAGAAAACUGAGCAGUGGGCUAUUGAAAGACCUAACAAAAAAAGCAUCAACAAUCAUGACAAAAAACAUCUUAGUGCUGAAAAAGACAAAUUGGAAAACAUAGAAGUCAAAGAAGAUGUUUACAUAUUUCCCAAACCAAAUGAAAAUACUCUGCCAUCUUCUGUUGAUCGAAAAGAUGGAAGCUGUCAAUCAAAAGUCAACAUACAAAUAAAGAAGGAUAGUAUUGAAACAGAUUCUGCCAGUGACUCUGAUAUUAAACCACCAACUGGUGAGGUUCCUGAUGGACUAGACAUCAAAGAUAAAAAAUAUCUUGAAAAUUCACUCACAGCAUUCUUUGAGGGUAAUUCUGGCCCAUCAGAUGUUGAAAAAACCCCUGAUGCUAAAAAAGUUAAUUUCAAAACAAAUAUGCCAUGCAAGAAAUCUUCCUCAGGUGGUAGUAAUGCAGCUGAAGAAGCCAUGGACACCACAGAAACUUCAGUGAUUGAACCAAUGGACACCACAUCACAGAAAUCAACGAUACCAGUCAAAUUGAGUGAUUCACUUGAAGUUGUCACCAAGGAGAAAUCAACGACCAUGAAAGGUGAAAGUAAUUCUGAGUGUAUAGAUUUAACCAUAAAUGAUGAUGAUAAAGAGACACCAAACUCAACACACUGUGAAACAAUCACUGAAGAUAUUGAAAGCACUGAUAUUGGAGAGAAGAAAAAAGAAAAUGAUCAAAACAAGCCCAAAAAUAAUGGUUCAAGCAAUUCUGGUCUUCUAAUCACUGGAGCAACUUCAUUGGCUGUGGACAGUGAUGUAGAAACCAGUGACAGUGAAACUGAAAGCGAACCAAAGUUACCGCCAAAACAAAUAAAAGAAGAGACAGAAGCUGAACAAAAACCUGUCACUCCUCUCAAGAUUCGAAUACAUGUACCCAAAGAUGUAAACAUGCAAGCCCCACCACCUCCUUCAACACCAGUAGAACAAGAAUCCAAAGAACACAGCCGUACUAGAUCAUUCUUUAAUAAUGAAAAACAUUGUUAUGUAAUGGAUGCUAAGUCCAUCGGAAAUCUUGGAAGAUACCUUAAUCAUAGCUGCUCACCUAAUUUAUUUGUUCAGAAUGUCUUUGUUGACACUCAUGAUCUUCGCUUCCCAUGGGUGGCUUUCUUUGCGCAACAGUAUAUCAGAGCUGGUUCUGAAUUGACAUGGGAUUAUAAUUAUGAAGUAGGCAGUGUUCCCGGUAAAGUUUUACAAUGUUACUGUGGAUCAACCGACUGCAGAGGAAGAUUACUCUAGGUAUUGACUUUUCGUCAAUCCAUCAAUGUCCACUGUAUUAUGCCUGUAUUCUCAGGGAAACAAAACGCUUUGUAUUCUCUCCCAGUAACAUAAAUGUAUUCUAUAAAUAAUUAUGGGCUCUAUUAAGAUGAUUAUUUUGAAUGUUUAUGAAACUAAAGCAUAUUUUUUCCAUUAAUUUUAUUUUUCAUUGUUUUUGUUUAUAUUAAAUGUCAU